CUUUUGCAGCGUUGCGGGGCAUCGGCUUAGGGCUUCUUCUUGAGCACACAAUGGAAGCCAUAAAGAUGUUUAACCGGCCUGUCCCCGCAAGGGACACGCCCGUUCAAGCGCGACGGCGAAGCAGCAGCACGCAUCAAGAUGGCAAUCGAACCUCUGAACAUCCGAAUAGCGAUUGAUCGUGGAGGAACCUUCACCGAUGUGCAUGCAUCGAUACCAGGCCGGGAGGACAUUGUCAUCAAACUGCUUUCAGUUGAUCCGGCGAACUAUAGCGAUGCCCCGACAGAAGGCAUUCGCCGAAUCCUCGAGAUCGCGACUGGCGAGUCCCAUCCUCGCGGUCAAUUGCUGGAUCUCUUCCACAUCGAAGCCAUCCGUAUGGGAACCACAGUCGCCACGAAUGCACUGCUCGAGAGGAAAGGCGCUCGGUCCGCGCUCCUGAUCACCAAAGGCUUCAAAGAUCUACUGGCAAUCGGCAACCAGUCUCGCCCGAAGAUCUUUGAUCUCACCGUCGCAAAGCCCGAAGUCUUGUACGAGAGAGUCGUAGAGGUCGACGAGCGCGUCACCCUCGAGGAGUACGCGGAAGAUCCGAACCCACAGCCUCUAGAGGUGUGUCCAAACGCCCAAGACCUUGUCAGGGGUGUGACAGGCGAAUAUGUUCGGAUAUUGAAGAGACCAGAUAUGGACGCGGUACAUCAAUCCCUCAGAGAGCUCUGGGACCAAGGGUAUCGCUCCAUCUCUAUAGUCCUACUCCAUUCCUACACGUUUCCCGAACACGAGAACCUCAUUGGUAAUACGGCCGUGAGCAUGGGAUUCUCAGUUGCUCUCUCAUCUUCACUCCAGCCGAUGAUCAGAGCGGUGCCACGAGGCAUGUCGGCCACGGCUGAUGCGUACCUAACACCGGUCAUAAAGCAGUACAUCAGCUCUAUCUCCAACAGCUUUAAGGGCGGGCUCGGUUCUCAGAGGACCCGGGUGGAGUUCAUGAUGUCUGAUGGCGGCCUUGCCGACUUCAGGCGGUUUAGCGGGCUGAAAGCAAUCUUGUCUGGUCCAGCAGGCGGCGUAGUUGGUUAUGCACAGACUUCCUGGGACGAGGAGGAGCGUGUCCCCAUAAUUGGUUUUGAUAUGGGUGGGACCAGCACUGACGUCUCAAGAUAUUGUGGUGUCUAUGAGCACGUCUUCGAAACAACGACUGCCGGUGUGUCAAUUCAGACGCCCCAAUUGGAUAUAAAUACUGUCGCUGCCGGAGGAGGAUCUAUGCUCUUCUGGAGAAACGGCUUGUUUGCUGUGGGUCCUGAUUCAGCUUCUGCGCAUCCAGGGCCAGCAUGCUACAGGAAGGGGGGACCCCUUACCGUCACGGAUGCCAAUCUAUUUCUGGGCCGCCUGUUGCCUCAGUACUUUCCACACAUAUUUGGCGCAAACGAAGAUCAACCACUGGAUAGUGAUAUAGCCGCCGAAAAGUUCUCUGAAUUGACCGCUCAAAUCAACAAGGAGCAACUUGAUAGGGGCGGCAGCCAGUACACCCCCGAGGAAGUCGCUCUCGGCUUUCUAAAGGUUGCCGAUGAGAGUAUGGCCAGACCUGUCCGCCAGCUCACUGAGGCUCGGGGCCAUGACACAUCGGCCCAUCAUCUGGCAUGUUUUGGAGGAGCCGGAGGACAGCAUGCAUGCUCUGUAGCCGACGUGUUGGGGAUUUCCCGAGUCAUCAUUCACAAAUAUUCAUCAAUAUUAUCAGCGUACGGCAUGGCUUUAGCUGACGUAGUUCACGAAGUCCAAAGGCCUGCGGCUCUCACUUUCUCAUCUUCAACCCAGGAUGAGGUGCGUCACAAGUUGGAGGAACUGGUGGCUGACUCAACAGAAGAGCUCAUGAAGCAAGGCUUUAAGCCUCAGCAAAUUCACCACGAGCUCUAUCUCAACAUGCGCUAUGUCGGUUCAGAUACUGCACUUAUGAUUCUUAAGACAGGGGACGACUGGGAUUUCAAGCCUGAAUUCGAAAUCAGACACAAACGGGAAUUCGGUUUCCUCUUCGAAGAUAAGCCUAUUCUUGUGGAUGAUAUUCGCGUGCGGGCAAUUGGUUCCACUCUGUUUAACAGAGAGAAGAGCCCUCAUCUGCAGAUGAAGCAGGCAAACUUGGUGGAUGCUGAGAUCACUGAGAAUACGACCUCUGUCUACUUUGGUAACGGAUUUGGUCGUCUAAGGACGCCAAUGUAUCAUCUGGAUGAACUGACCUCCGGUUCUCGAGUUCACGGCCCCGCAAUGAUAAUCGACAAAACACAAACUAUCGUUUUGGUUCCAGAUGCGAUAGCUUACAUCCUGGAGACUUGCGUGGUUAUUGAUUUGCCAAAGAAAACUAAUAAUACAACUCAAUCCACUACGACUUCAAGCAGCACAGUGGAUCCAAUUCAAUUAUCUAUAUUUGGACAUCGCUUCAUGAGCAUUGCUGAGCAAAUGGGCCUGGCAUUACAGAAGACAAGCGUAUCAACCAACAUCAAAGAGCGACUGGAUUUCUCUUGCGCGAUCUUCAGUCCUGAUGGAGGGCUCGUCGCAAAUGCGCCGCAUGUGCCUGUACACCUGGGCUCGAUGCAGUUCGCCGUCCGGUAUCAACACAAGCGAUGGGCGGGCCGCCUGCAGGACGGCGAUGUCCUUGUCUCGAAUCACCCAAUGUGCGGUGGGACGCAUUUGCCUGAUAUAACUGUGAUCACACCUGUGUUUGAUGGAGAUGCGAUUGUCUUCUAUGUCGCUUCUCGAGGGCACCAUUCUGACAUUGGUGGACUUCUCCCUGGUUCAAUGCCGCCUACAUCCACCGAGUUAUGGCAGGAAGGUGCAGCUAUCGAAGCUGAGAAGAUUGUCAGUGGCGGCAUAUUCAAUGAAGAGAGGAUGACCCAAUUACUUUUGCGGGAUCCUGCGCAGUACGAUGCGUGUUCCGGCACUCGACGAUUACAAGACAACCUUUCGGAUCUCAAAGCCCAGAUCGCUGCCAACGUCAAGGGAAUUUCUCUGAUUAAGGCCUUGAUUGAGGAGUAUGGCCUUUCAUCCGUACACAAAUACAUGUAUGCGAUCCAAAGCACCGCCGAGGUCGCAGUCCGCGAGCUUCUCAAAGCCACGUACGCUAAACUCGGAGGCACCCUCACAGCAAUCGACUACAUGGACGACGGCACUCCCAUCUCUCUGAAGGUCUCCAUCGACGGCGCCAAUGGCACGGCCAUCUUCGACUUCACCGGCACAGGCCCCGAAGUCUAUGGAAACACCAACGCACCAGUUGCCAUAACCCACUCUGCCAUUAUCUAUUGCCUCCGCUCCCUUCUCUCCACUGACAUCCCUCUUAACCAAGGUUGCCUCAACCCCAUCACUAUCCACAUUCCUCCCAACUCUCUUCUUUCUCCCUCUCCGGGUGCGGCCGUCGUUGGCGGUAAUGUCCUAACCUCCCAGCGCAUAACGGACGUCGUGCUCCUAGCCUUUCGAGCUGCUGCCGCCUCCCAAGGUUGCACCAACAACCUCACAUUCGGCACCGGCGGGCGUGACCCAGUCACAGGCCAACACGUCCAGGGUUUUGGCUACUAUGAGACCAUUGCCGGCGGCGCCGGUGCGGGGCCUACUUGGAUUGGCCAGAGCGGUGUCCACACGCACAUGACCAACACGCGCAUUACGGACCCAGAAGUCUUCGAGAAGAGGUACCCAUGUAUCCUCCGUCGCUUUGCACUGCGGCCUGGAUCUGGAGGGUUGGGCCUUCAUCCGGGUGGCGAUGGUGUUGUCCGAGAUAUCGAGUUUCGCAUGCCGGUACAAUGCUCGAUUCUCUCGGAGAGGAGGAGCAGGCGUCCAUAUGGUCUGGAGGGUGGUGGGGAGGGCGAGGCGGGCUUGAACUUGGUGGUCAAAAAGGAUGAAGCGACAGGCCGGGAGCAGACAGUGAAUUUAGGGGCGAAGAAUACGAUCAAGCUGAGGAGUGGAGAUAGGGUUGUGAUCUGUACGCCUGGUGGUGGUGGAUGGGGUAAGAAGGAGGACAAAAGGAACGGAGAUGAUGGGUUGAGUAAUGCACUGGCAAAGGGAGGACUGAAUGGAUUUGUGGCAAAGGGUUCGGUGGGCGCAUGGCAGGCUAUCCAGGAGUCAAAUUAA